CCCACCUGCUUCGCCUCCUUCCACAAAGGUCCUGGAGCGAUACCUGGGAUUGUUUUCCAUCCUCGACAUGGGCGAUAAUGACGGACUGAAACAACUCCGCCGAUCUGACUAUGCCUACUUCCUCUCUUACCGCACGCGCUGGAGCGACAACGACCAGUACGCGCAUGUCAACAACUCCAUCUACUACCAUCUAUUCGACUCCAUCGUCAAUACCUACCUGAUCACGCAUUGCGGUCUGUCUCCGACACGCUCAAACCAAAUCGGGCUCGUCAUCUCGUCCUCGUGCCGAUUCUACUCGCCAGUAUCAUUCCCUGCCGUGUUGGAUCUCGGCCUACGCGUCACGAAGCUCGGGAAAAGCUCCGUGACGUACGAGGUAGCCGUAUUCGAAGAGGGACAGGACGUGCCCGGUGCGGUGGGUGGGUACACGCACGUCUUCGUGGACAGCGAGACGAGGAAAAGCACGCCUAUGGCUGUCCGCACGCGGGAAGGUCUGGCUCAGAUAUGCGCCGGUAUGAAGGACUCUGUCGCAUCGAAGCUGUAGCAUUUUAUGAAUCGCGCGGAGUGUACGACUAGGUGUCUUCCUUCUGUCCGGCAUAGCCACUGCAACAUCCUCAUCGCGGGGGCUCAUCUAAUGAGCAUUAACGUUUGAACGGGCAUGUGCGCAUAUGGAGUGCAUCGCAAGUGCUGUGAGACC